GGCUAAACUUGCCUCUGACGAAAACUCCGGAACUUCUCAACUUGAUUGAGAAUUACCUCAACAGAAACAACCCAUGUCCUCCUCAACAGCCAGAGAGCUCAAAGAUACCAAUUCUUCCUCCGAAGGUUCCUGCAGAGAGACUCAAAGCUAUGCAUUUCCCAAUCUCCCAGAUCACAAUUGGCCAGUGGUUCUACCGUGCAAAAAACCCUGACGAUAUUGUGGCGAAACUCUAUUUUGCAAAGAAGAAACUUAUAUGGGAGAUUCUCGACGCUGGAGAUCCAAAGACUAAAACACCGAGGCUCAAGAGAAAGAUCGAGAUCCAAUGGGAUGAUGUCGCUUCUUUACAAGAGAGUAUUAAUUCACGUGAUGAAACUGGAAUCCUCAAAAUCGAGUUGAAGAAACGUCCAAAAUUCUUCAUAGAGACUAGUCCACAGGCAGGAAAACACACACAAUGGAAACAAAUGGAUCAAGAUUUCACUGAAGAUCAGGCUGCUUCUUGUUUCAGGAUACAUACACUUCAUUUUGAUGCCGGAGUUCUGCAAAAGAACUUGGAGAAGCUUUUGUCCGAUAGCUUCUGGGCCAAACUCCAUGAAGUCUAUUUCCCGGUACGAGAAGCUGUUUUAUUCGACAUUGACUAUGGAAUCAACAAUAACACCAACUCAUCUAGCUACGUCCUAAGCCAGACACGUCGCUUUAAUGCCAACAGUGGCCUUAUACAUCACCCUUCUCAAGGAAUUGGUCGCGUGGGAGUGGGAGAAGGAAACUCUAACGUGGCACCUCGGUACUGGGCUAACAAUGGAAGUCAAAACUCAUAUGGUCAAGCUAAUAGUUGGGUUUACACUGGAAAUGAUCAGUUGUUUGGGACGCAAGCUAUCCGACCACCGAUGUCUUCUCAGUUCAGCAACGGGCAUUAUAACAGGCAAAGCCAUUACAACGGUUCACGGCAGAGUAACCCGAUGACCCAAUACGAGAGUGAAGCAGUGCAAAAUACAAGGGGGAUACUUGGGAGUCAAGCAUAUGCACUACCACCGACACAAACUAACUUGAUGAUGCCUCAAUACAUGAACGUAAGCUCAAUGUAUCCUAUGUUUGGAACGUAUCUAGCAAGUACAUUGGUUCAAGAAGACUUUCAGAUGAAAGAUUACCAGAACUGGUCAGUGCUUCCUGAUAUGGGCAAAAAAGAUGAUUCCAACGAUAACAAAUAG